GUACAUGUGCGGAUCAUUCAUGACUUGCUCGAAUUACUCAGUCGCAUUUUGUUGUUCUCGAACAAUGGCUCGCCUCUGGCUCUUUCUCUCCGUCAUUUCGAUUUUUUCGGCGGCGGUGAGUCCUGCCAUCGGGAAUAAACGAUCCUCCCGACGGUAUUGGGGGGCGGAGGAGCAUGAGUGGAGGGAAUUUGAGGAAUUCAAAGAGUGGAAGAGAUUGAAGAACUGGGAGAGGAAAAAUCAUGAUGAUAGAGUUUUCGGGGAGGGGAGGGAGGAGAGGGUUUCGAUGCCGCGGACUCCUCCCAGGGAGCCGCAUCCUGCGGUGAUGGCGAGGUUCAUCGUCAAUCAAGCGAAUUGGAGCUCCGUAGCUACCAUCAGCACUCGAAAGGAUAUCCCAUCGUUCCCAUUCGCCGGUGUAAUUUCCGUGAGCGAUGGACCUAUUGGAAACGGAUCGGGAAUACCUUACAUGUAUCUUACGCCGCUGGAUUUCACGGCGCAGGAUCUCGCGAAAGAUCACAGAGCGACGUUGAUGAUGACCCUGGCCCAAGGCUCCUGGUGCAAACAGAAGCUCAUGGACCCGAUGGAUCCGCGCUGUGCGAGGGUGGGACUUUCCGGGAGAAUUAAAGAGGUUUUUCCGAGAGAUCGGGACUAUGAUAUUGCCAAAAAUGCUGUUUUUGGGAGACAUCCUUGGCUCUCUCACAUGCCACCAGAUCAUCACUUUUUCUUCGCUAAAUUAGAUAUAUUGUCCAUUGCGAUGUUGGACGCCUUCGGAGGGCCAAAAUACAUCCCUGUGACGGAAUAUUUGAACGCUACCUCCUUUCAAGACAAUAAACAAAAUGAAAUGAAGUUAGUGCCUCGUCGAUCUGUAUACGUAAUCUAAGACCAAUCAUUAAAAAUAGUCUGUAUCCACAGAACAACAUGUACAUAUACUCAAUAAUUAUUAUUAAUCAAUGAAAAAGCUUCGAGUUUUCAACUGAUAAAAUAUUCUUUUCUGAGAAAAUUAA